AUCAAAGAGAAGAUCAUAUGAGUCACGGAUCUUCUGGUACAUGCAAGGGAAUCCAGAGAAGCCCAUUCACAUCAAGGAUAGAGGAAUACCAUUCAGGACUGAAUCAAAUCAAUUCCUUGAAUGUCCAUUUGGCCCGCCAAAUGUAGUAAAGGAGCCACUCGCACAGAUACCUGAACUAGACGAUCACCCACAACCCUUAACCAAGAAGAGAAAAAUUCACCGCACCAAAAAGUUAGGUUGCUCUGCUGAAAUUCACGUCAAAGAGGUUGUCUACUUCACCAACCAUUUUAUUGAUUUGGCAUCACAUUCGAAGGGCCAGCUCAAAAAUCUGAAGGCUAAAAUAGUUGACCAAGUUAUAUUGUUUCCGUCUGAACAACAAACGGAACAUUUUUUCUACAUGGCAUUCCCAAAGAAUCACAGUGGUCACCCUAUCCCUAUGCCAAUUGGUAAAACAAGUGAUAAGCCAACUGGUAAAAAAUCUGCUCGCCCAUCUGGUAACGCACGCGAUCAGCCAACUGGUAAAACAAGUGGUCAUCCAACUGGUCAUCCAACUGGUAACACACGUGGUCAUCCAACUGGUAAAACAAGUGGUCAUCCAACUGGUAAAACAAGUGGUCAUCCAACUGGUAAAACAAGUUGUCAUCCAACU